UUGUUUUUGUUCCCUGUGUAUUUCUUAUUUUUUUUAACCACGUGAGAUGUCUAACUGAAAUGUUCGAGUCUUUUUUUAUCCACAAAUUCGUUUUUCUUCAGUUAUGUAUUCAACUCAGGAAUUGGAACUCUUUCCUGAUCGUACUGUAACUCAGUUGCUAUUCAAAGAUGUCAAAAACGCUGCAGAAUUGAGGAAAAAUGCCAUGGAAGGAAAGAUUAAUGGUGCCUUGAUAAACCCGUCUAUGAUAGUGAACCCCUUCCAGGUGCUCGUGGCAGCAAACAAGGCGGUCCAUUUACAUAGUACUGGAAAAAUGAAGACACGGAGUUUAUAUUCCGAAAUCAUCUACAACCUUUCACCCACUAAUAAUAUUUCAGAGGCCUUCAAGAGGUUUGGGAUGUCAGACAGUGACAGUGCUGUUCUCAUAGUUCUAGUCCAUCUCAAAGAGGAGACGCAGCACAUGACUGACAUCAUUGCCAAGGUGGAUGGACAACAGAUCCCAGUUGAAGAUGUCUCCAUGUUGACCGACCCAGCUAAGGUCAAAAAGCUGUACAAAACCACACCCCAGGAGGAUACGUGUCUACUGGACGCUGUUGUCUGCAGGAUGGCAACCAAAGAUGUCAUGUAGCUCAGCAAGAAGACAUGGCAGCAAAUGGAACCAUUCAUGUUAUAUUAUUUUUUUUUAGUUGUUGAGCGUUUCACAUUGUGCAACAACAUCAAUGUCAUAAAUGAAAUGUUUUCCUCCUCGAAUAUGUUAUUAAACAUGUUUAUUUUUA